UGUAACUGGACUUGUGUAUAUUGAACAAAUGUUUGUUAUGAAAGUUCCGUACUGCGGUUUAUAGACAUACAACAUUGGUGUUGCUUUAUAUGGAUAUAGCCAUCAGUGCAGUGUAUUACAUGUCGGGAGGGAGGAGUACAGCAUGCAGACUCUAGGAGAUACUCCAUCUAAACUUCACUCAAACCAGGCCUGUACACUGAGAGUGAUGAGGCUGACCAAGCCGGCUCUGAUGCCGUACCACCCAUUGGUCAGUGAUGAGCGUGACUUACAGGGCGAGAUAUUCGCCAAGAUGAGUGACACGGAUAUCGCCAGACCAGCUGGAGUGCCCUACUUUGGACUAGGUGACCUAUUAACCCUACCACAAAACUUUGGAAAUAUUUUCCUGGGCGAGACAUUUUCCAGUUACAUAAGCGUCCACAACGACAGUACAACUGUUUGUAAAGAUAUUGUCUUAAAGGUCGACCUCCAGACCAGUUCUCAGAGAUUGAUGUUGUCUGGAUCAGAGUCGCGGCCCCUGAUGGAACUCCCGCCUGACUAUAGUAUUGAUGAUGUCAUACAUCACGAAGUCAAAGAACUGGGCACACACAUAUUGGUAUGUGCAGUUAGUUACACCACCAGCCAGGGGGAGAAAAAUGCUUUUAGAAAAUUCUUCAAGUUCCAGGUGCUGAAACCACUAGAUGUGAAAACCAAGUUUUACAAUGCAGAGGACCUGUGGAGUUUUGAAGAUUCUGAUGAAGUGUACCUGGAGGCUCAGAUUCAGAAUAUUACCCCUCAGCCUAUUUACAUGGAACAUGUAAGUCUUGAUCCAUCCACACAGUACAGUGCCGACGAACUCAACAAUCUUGACGGCAAGGAGUGCCCUGAUCUAGUGUUUGGAAAGGUAAACUAUCUCAAUCCAAUGGAUACGCGACAAUACCUGUACUGUCUCUCACCGAAACAGGACGGAACACGAGACAGCAAGAUCCUCAAGGGUGUCACAAAUAUCGGCAAACUAGACAUUGUCUGGAAAACCAAUAUGGGAGAAAGGGGUCGUCUCCAAACCAGUCAGCUACAGAGAGUUGCCCCAGGCUACGGAGAUAUCCGGGUGACAGUGGAGUCAGUGCCGGAUACCGUACAACUUGAGGUUACAUUUAAUGUCGUUUGUCGAAUUACCAAUUGCUGUGAGAGGACUAUGGACUUGACCUUAGUACUACAAAACAACUCGUCGGCUGGCUUGGUCUGGUGUGGAAUUUCAGGUCGACAACUUGGCAAACUUCCUCAGAAUGAACACAUGGACCUGACUCUCACACUGAUAGCCACUAUUCCAGGUCUCCAGACAAUAUCUGGGCUGAGGUUGACAGACAAUUUCCUAAAGAGGACGUAUGAACAUGACGAACUAUCACAAGUAUUUGUGUACAAUGAUUGUAAUCAGUGAUAUUUUCUCGUCCGCCGUCUUUGGUGUUCCACAAGGCAUACAUGUGACUGCAGCACUCAUGAUGUAGAGGGUCGACACCAUAUGGCAUACACAAACUGACAAAUACAUUAAUGAUGACACAUCAGGAUUUGUCCCAUAUCUGUGUCCUGAUUUAAGUGUGUUUAAGGAAGUUACAAUUCUGGAUGGACUGGACCGAUAAUACAUCAAGCAGUUGCUUUGAUCACUGUGUUCUUUCAUAUUAAUUGCCAUUUUCGCUUGUGGUAUGGAUCAGGUUGUAUGAUUCUGUUGCAGAAAGUGGACUGGGUUGAAGAUCAUCGGCCAGGUACUUGUAGCGAAAAUGGCUAGAGCGUUCAUCUAAAGUCCUGGGCUCAAAUCCCAGUUAGGGUGUUGCAUAUUUCCUCUCCUAUUUUCAUUUGACACCCAACUAAACUACCCAUGGAAGGCGAUAUAGGGUCUCAUGUGUCGUUGGGGUUAAAAACUUUGUUGAAGGAGGGAAAAAUGUAGUGUAACUGAACUGGGCUGCACACCGAAUGGGAGGUAGCUCAAAUUGUUAGACCAUCCGUCUAAAUUUUUGGGGUACGUAGUUAGAGCGUCCCUCUAUAGUUAAUAGGGGGUCUGUGGUUAAAUCGCCUGUUUAAAGUUUAGGGGUCCCUAGGUUCAAGUUGUGGUCUUCGCAUUACAUUUUUCCUUUCCUAUUACAAUUCUUGUGUUAUGCCUGUAGCUUGAUGUCACUGCUGAAUAAGAAUUUAAGUUAUCCAUAUCAAUCAAAACUGUCAUGUGACCUUCCUAGGAAGGCUGCAGGUCACAUAUGACAGGUGGUCUCUUUAUACAGGUAAAAGUUACUAGUACAUAUAUAGUAAAUAACAUUUGGAGCAAAAAUAGGUUCACAUUUGAGAGGUGGUCUCUUCAUCUAGGUUACGGCAACUAGUAUGCAAAAUAACAUCAGGAGGGGGAAAUAGGUUUACAUAUGAGAGGGAGUCGUAUAAUUCAGGUGGUUGUACCAAGACAGGUUUGACCUCUGAUACACAUCUGUACAUGUAGAAAUAUAAUCUGAACAAUGGGCCUUUAAUAAAGGGUAUAUAGAUUGCUCAUCAAUUCAUUCAUUUCAAUCACUGAAAUCAUCGUGUGAAUGUAGAAAUUUUGACAUUUUACUGUUGUAAACUCUAUUUCUGUGAGAAUGUGUAAGUUGAUAAUAUGCUCUAUAUGUGUUUUGGAGAGAGAGUAAAUUUAAGCAAUGUGAGGAAGGUUCUGUGUAAAUUUUGUUUGUAUCAUGAGUAGAUGAUAUGCAUACUAACUGCAGUUAUUUAAGUUUUAUUGUAAUCAUAAGUGUGAAAGACAUUUAUUUGAUAAUAUGCUAUAGAAUGCUACAAUUAUAUAUUCUGUGUGGAAAGUUCACAGGGCUACACCUUGAGACAUUUAUUUAAGCUUCCAAUAAUCAUCCUGCAUUUCAAAAGUAAGUUUUUUCUUUUA